GUCAUUAGUUUAUCAUGCAACUGCUCGAUGGUACGAGGCAUUAGAAAAUGAAUUAACUAGGCCUUACUGUACUAAAUUAGAGCUUUUAGUUUUAAUUUUCAAUUUAUAAAAUAUUGCAUUUGAGAAAUUAUUAUAAAAAUAGUUUUUAAAAAUGAAUAAUUUAAUAAUUUUUGUGUCGCUAUUGUGCUUCUUAUAUUUUAUAAAUUCAACCAACGGUGAUUGCUAUAUUACAAAUUGUCAGUCGAAUAAUAGGUUGAUUAAAGGUUGUGAAUUUUUCGGUCUCGAAGAGGCGAAUCGUAAACCAUGUAAAAACAGGGGCUUUACUUACACAUGUUGUACAAAAGAGUUGACUACUACACAUUACAAUAAGCACAGUUCUCACAAUUCCCAUGUCUCACAUACUACGUCUAAAUAUUCUCCUGAGAGGCAAAGUUCAGAAUCAUGCGGCAUUUCUGAAAUAACCGACAGACGGAUUGUCGGAGGAACCGAAGCUCAGUUAGGUGCAUGGCCAUGGAUGGCUGCAAUAGGAUAUCGUCGAAACAAAAGACAGUCUACUCCAAUGUUUUUAUGUGGUGGUACUUUAAUAUCCGAUAGACAUGUUUUAACGGCUGCUCAUUGUCAACCACAACCCGGAGAGACAGAGUUGUACAUGGUACGACUUGGUGAUCUAAACUUGGAUCCAAAUGUGAAUGAUGGUGCAAAACCGAUAAAUGUUAUGGUCGAAAAAAUGAUAGUACAUGAAAAAUAUAAUACUGAAACAUUAUUUAAUGAUAUCGCUUUACUAAAAUUAGCAGAACCUGUUAAAUUUAAUUCUAAUAUUCAACCAAUUUGUUUGCCCACAUCAUCUGAGUUAAGGUCGCAUUCAUUUGAAGGAACUCUACCUUUCAUUGCAGGAUGGGGUGAUACAUCUUACAAUGGUGUAGCAAGUAAAACAUUGUUAGAAGCUCAAAUUCCAGUUAUAAGCAAUAACAAAUGCAGAGAACUAUAUGAUUAUUUGGACGAAGCCAUGAUGUGUGCUGGAUACUCAGAGGGAGGAACAGAUACUUGUCAGGGUGACUCAGGUGGCCCACUGAUGUUGAAUCAAGGUGAAAAAUAUUACUUAACUGGUGUUGUAUCGAAAGGUUAUAAAUGUGCAGUAGCUGGAUAUCCUGGUGUUUAUACUAGAGUUACUCAUUAUCUUGAUUGGAUAAAGAGAAAACAAAAGUCUAGUUGAAUAUUUACAUGAAAUAAUAAAAUUAUAGUUUAAAAAGACACAAAGAAAAUUAUGUGACUAUAAUUCUAAUACAUUGUAAAGCUGUGGCUAAUACAAAAUUUUUUUUAAGUAAAUUUAAAGACAAUCAUUUUUAAUUUAAAAAUGUGUACAUUAAAAAUUAUAAAUUUUGUAUUAAAAAAUUGACUUCUAUACAUUUGUUAUGCAGAAAUAAAAAAAAAAAUGACUGAUAAAUCA